AUGAGUCUGGCGGCUCGCCUGAUCGAUCCCGAUCGCGGCUCAGUUCGCCUCGACGGCGUCGAAUUUACCGAUGUGACUCUAGAUUCGCUGCGCAAACAAAUCGGAAUCGUCAGCCCCGACCUGCCGCUGAUGCGAGGAUCGGUACGACGCAAUGUGUGCUAUCGCGACUCGAAAGCGUCGCAAGAGCACGUCGACUGGCUGGUCGACGAGUGCGGAUUGCGCGAUGUCAUCAACGAUUUGCCGGACGGCUGGGACACCGACGUCGGAGAGGCUGGAAAGCGACUCUCAUCUGGACAACGAGCCCGCGUCGCUCUGGCUCGCGCCAUGAUGGCGCGCCCCCGUGUACUGGUGCUCGACGAGUUCGAUGCGCAUCUCGAUCCCAAAACACAAGCAUUGAUGCGACGAGUCGUGAUGGGGCGGUCGGGAACGACGCUGCUGAUCAGUCACCGCGAAGAGAUGGUGCAUAUCGCCGAUGUGGUGUGGCACCUCAGGGAUGGUGAGUUGAUCGAGUCUGGACCACCCGGCCGGCUUUUGGCCGCUGAUGGCCCGACGGCGCAACUAUUCGCUGCCAACCCGGCGAUGGUCAGCGCAUGA